AUGGCAGCAGAAGUGCAGCCUGUAGCACAAGUCAAGCUAGCAGCUAGACCAUCAUCUCUAUCACCAGAACAGAUAUACUGGCGCAGUUUUAAGACGCCAGUCAAGCACACUUCGCCUACCAAGCAUGGCAUUACACAUAUCUCCCAGCCCGCAAGCUCUGCUACCGCAAACCCCUCAGACUACUUCGUUGUCUCGACUGGCGCACGAGUUCAGCUUUAUUCCAUAAAGACACGAAAGCUCGUGAAGACGAUAACACGAUUCGACGAUAUCGCAUAUAGUGGAGAGCUCAGGCACGACAGUCGGGUUCUGGUUGCAGGAGAUGAAACAGGCGCAAUCCAGGCCUUCGAUGUGAAUUCAAGAGCGAUCUUAAAAACGUGGAAAGAACAGAAACAGCCUGUGCACGUCACAAAAUGGCAUCCGAAAGAGACCACUUCGCUCAUGAGUUGUUGCGAUGACAGGACUGUGAGGUUAUGGGAUCUGCCUUCAGAUAACUCAAUCGUGACUCUCCGAGGACAUACAGAUUACAACAGCAAUAUCAUUGUGUCAGGAAGUUAUGAUCAGACUGUAAAAUUAUGGGACUCGAGAACAGCGGGCAGUGCUGUGAUGACAUUUCAGCAUGUUGGAUCUGUUGAGGAAGUGCUGAGUAUGCCAUCCGGAACAACGAUUGUGGCAUCCGCCGAAAACCGAGUGGCCAUCCUCGAUAUCGUCGCUGCAAAGCCUCUACACAUGAUCACGAAUCAUCAAAAGACAGUCACCUCGUUAUGUAUUGCCUCUCAAGGCUCACGAUUAGUGACUGGAGGACUGGAUGGCCACAUGAAGGUUUUCGAAACAGUAGGCUGGAACGUGGUAGCAGGAUCCAAAUAUGCUGCACCCAUUCUGAGUCUUCAAGUUAUCACUACUGGAACGUCCAGAGAAGACAAGCACAUAGCUGUUGGGAUGUCUGGUGGCAACUUGAGCAUCAAGACAAGAUUAUCAGGCGAGCAGAAAGUAAGGGAACGAGAACGGCAAAAGGAAAUGGAAGCACUAUUAGCUGGUCGUAUAGAGGAACACGAUCGGAAGAUAGCCAAGCUAGCCAAGAAAAGAGGCGCUGGCUGGGAACGAAGAUUGCGAGGUCGAGACUUUAAUGGUGAGGAUGCUGACAUUAUCAUCGAAGGUAAUGUCAGGUCGCAAACAGACAAGAAAAUGAAGGUAUGGGAUCGAGCGAUGCAUGCGCAGAAGUUUGCAGAGGCUCUAGAUCAUGCAAUUGCAAGCAAGCAACGUCCUAUAGUGCUUUCGAUCUUGACCGAAUUGCGAUACAGAAGUGCACUACGAGCUGCACUAGAAAACAGAAACGAAUCAACUUUACAGCCUAUCCUGCACUGGGUGUGGGCGAACAUAUCCUCGACACAAUAUACGCAAAUCUGUGUACAGGUUUCCAUGACCAUUAUGGACCUGUAUUCGCAGCACGUUGGCUCGAGCCAGACUAUAUCCAAGCUGGUUGACAAGUUAUACAAUCAGGUAAAGGAAGAUGUAGUGCGCUCUCAGCAGGCCAUUAUGACCAAGGGCAUGCUCGACCUAUUACUACCAGAUAUAGCGGCAUGA